AUGUCUAAUUCACAAGACUCAGCGUCUACUAUCUCAGAUGGUGCUGCCACUACAGCCGCUUCGACAACAGAUCUGAGCUCCUCCAUUGUUGAUACCAGUAGCGAGACAUCAACCGUCCCAGAGGAUAUCACCACUACAGCUAUCCCGACAACUAGUGCUGAAAGUAUCACAGCUGUGGAAGAAACCACUACCGCUACUACUGAGGCUGCUGUUGUCACUGGCUUCCUUGUCAACUCUGGGUUUGACGACACCGAUACUAUACAACCCUGGGGAUACACACCCAGAGCGUUCACUUGCGUAUACAAGCAAAACCAUAUCGAUCGGGGUCGCCUGGCUUUGCUUUUAGGCUUUGACUGUCAAGCAAGUUCUAGCACCUUAUGGGUUGAUACAAUUACUUUCGCCAAACAGUAA